AUGUAUCAACAGUAUCCAGCCGCACGACUUGAUCAUACAGGAUACAAGCGAUUUGAACAAAGGUUCCCAUUGCCCGUCGUGGCAACACUGGCCACAAUUCAGAUGUUGACUACCUUUGCCAUCUUCUCCUUGGAAGUUGCUCACAAUGCGCUUCACAUAAAGCUGACCAAUUUGUUCGUUGGAUUUUGGACAACAAUACCAUUCACUAUUCUCUGGAUAUCCAUGUAUGCAGCUGUUUGCUGUUGUCGGCGACAAAGCUGUGCCACACAUGCAGUUGUGCAGAACAUUCUUGGAUUCAUUUUUGCAUGCAUUCUCAUUGGCAUCAACAUUGCUUUUAUUCGGCAGCCCGACAAGUGUUUUUUCACAGAAGGAAUGUGUCGAACGCUGAACUGGGCAAGCUACAUACAUGGCCCUCUCGAAUGCUUAGUCGAUGGUGUGACAAGCCAGUGUGGAAACACUCGCAUCUCCCUCAUCAUUGCUCAGCUCAUUUGUGGCGUUGUUAUGGCACUAGUGUGUCUCAUCUAUUUUGCCAUCUAUUGCGCAAUAUUGAUGCAGACAACGAGAGUGAGUCAGUCUGAAGUGACAACAGUGAAUGAUGCCGUGACGGCACCUGUAUAUCCAACAAAUGCCAAGCAGUUGCCAUUGUCCAUUAGUCAUCAUCAUCAGACGUACACCAUAUCUUCUCAUCCUUAUCAGGGAGGAGUACCAGUGAUGAUGAGCGUUUACCCACCACAAGCAGCUGUUUCGUCUAUGGAGAAUAGCUAUGUGAACUGCAAUCCCUCGACUCAAUAUGCUACAAUCUAUCCAACGAUUGGUAACGAUCGAUUUUAA